AUGGAUCGACCGCCUCCGGAGUCUCCAAUCGAUCUUCGUGCACUUAUUCUCUAUGACAAUUAUCAAUGGAGAGGAGCCAAAAAAUCAUACGAAAGUUAUGAGAAAAUGUGUGAAAUAAUGGGAAAAGGAGCGAUUGCAUUUAAAGACUAUAAGUAUUGGUUCAAACAAUAUUCCAAAGAAAAAGAUAGAGAUCUCCCAAUACCAGACAUUCGUGGAUGCAUUCUUACUGAUGUCAUCAAUAGAAAAUCUGCUGAAAAGUCAAUCGAUGAUUUGUCUGAAGCAUUCAAAAAUCAUGAAAUCGAUAAGGAAGAUCAUGAUUAUUGGUUCAAACGCUUUGAAAAUGGACAGUCAUUUACUCGUGUAACAUUCUCCGAUUUCCCAGAAGAUGUGAUCUCUGAAAUUAUUGAUAGAUGUGAUAUCCAAUCAUAUUUGAAUCUUCGCAACGUUUCAUAUCGACUUCGAGCCAUUAUAGAUCAGCAGGCGCCUCCUUGUACUCACAUCGAGUUCGAUAAUACAGUGUUUGGUUGCCCAGACGUCAUUGUGGAUGGUGCACUUAUCGUUGAAUGGGAAUGUGAUGUUUUGUCCCGUCUUCCAUUGGAAGUGAUUAAAACACGUGUACUCGGAGUAUUGGAACCUUUACUGAGAAAUCCGAAACUUCGUCUGAAAAAUUUCACGUUUUAUACCAAUUCUCGUUUCUGGUUUGAAGGCGCUUUUUUGUAUACUGAUGCCGUAAUCAAGCUACUCAAUUCAUUGUAUCGUAAAAUUCACGUGGAGAACUGCACGAUUUUCGCUGAAGAACCAAAGGACUUGAUGAACGUUUUACGGUGUUUGAAACCGGGAACACUCGAACUAAUGAGUAUUUCCCAAGGAUUUGAACAAAACUAUAUCAACGAAAUUUCCGAAAUGGAUCAAUGGAAACAGGCGAAACAUCUCGAAUUGCGUGUAUUUGGAGACGGAUUGCCACCGAUGGAACAUUUUCUUCAUUUUUCAACUAUUGAAGCGUAUUUUGACUCUAUUUCUUUGACAGAUAUCGUCAACCUUUGCGAUAGUGUAUCCAAAUCGAUCAACCUGGAACGUAUCCAAAUAGUAAAUCAGACGAGAUACGAUACGGAAGAAGUGAAGAGAGUUCUGAAUCUUCAGCCAACUGCCUCUCCAGAAGUUUACUCAAUUCCAAAUUCAAAUUUGUUUUUUCAUGUUUUGAAUCGAUUCGGUUCGGAAUCUUUUAAAAUCUACAAAAAUUAA